UACGCUGUCUGUCAAAAUCCAUAAUAUCAAUUUGACAGUUAGAAUAUACUUUUUAGCAUGCAGUCAUUUUAUUAGUACAGUUUUAUUUUGGGUUACAUUUUGUUCUCUGCUGCUUUACCAGUACAAAUGAAUGUGUAACAGUGUGUGUAUGGGCAACACUGGUUUAAACCUACAACAACUACAGUGAGUACGUGCAAAAAAACAAAAACAAUAGGAAAAUAUUUAUAAAAACAAAAUAAAAUUCAUAAUGUUUAUAAAAUAUCUAUGGACGAUACUACUAUCACUCCAGCCCAAAACACAGGCUGAUCGAAAUGAUGUUAAUACUUUGGUGGAAAAUUCGAUAUUAACAUCUAUAAACUAUACUGCUAAUCCCUGCAAUGACUUCUAUGCUUAUGCCUGUGGUAAUUAUGCUGAGCAGCAUCGCACAAAGUACUAUCAGGAGAUGACCAGCUUAAUGGACUUUCAAUAUAAUCAAAUUAUUUUAAAUAUAAUAGAAUCUUGCCAUCAACAUGAUUAUCAAGUACCGGAUCAUUGUCAGUCGUUUAUUGAAAAGGCAAGAGUGUAUUUGAAGGCCUGUCGUAGCGAAACCAAAAGAAAUCUAAGAAGAUAUUUUGAGGACAUCAAACCAGCUGCACAAGUAAAUUGGCCUAUAUUGCAUAAAUUUACUAAGCCAUGGUCGGUGGUAACAUAUGAUGUUUGGAUGUUAUUAGGACAAUUACAGUCCUAUGGUUUAAAUAAUGUCUUGAUAAAUCAUGAGAUUUCGGUGGACAAAAAUGAAGAAUUAAGUAUAACAUUAGAACCAGCUUACAUCGAGAAUAAUAGCACCUUACCGGACAUAAAUAUUUUAGAAGUUUUACUAAUGGGCUUACAAGUUCGUAAACCUAAACAAAUUUUACAUAAUUUAAAAAAAUCUGAUGAACUGUUGCUUGAUAUUUUGGCACAUUUUGUUGAAGAAACUGAAGAAAUGCAGGAAAUUACAUAUAAAGACUUAAAGUUACUAUAUCCAAAACUUAAUUUAGAUGUAUAUCUUCAGGAACUAUUAAAUAUAACAUUAACAGCAGAUACUCCCAUUUUACUAAAGAAUCCCAAAUAUUUUCAAUACCUAAACAAUAAUAUGUGGCAGGAAUUACAAAAGCCCGAAUGGUGCAACUAUUUAAUGAUGAAAUUUCUUUUUUAUUUGGCCAUAGACAGUACGGCUGAGUUUAAAACUUUAGAUUGUGUAAAAGAUUUGAGAAAUAAAAUGGAUUUAGCUGUAAAUUACCUGUAUUAUACAGAAAGCUAUGCCUUCAAAGCUAAACUCUAUAAUGCAGCUGUCAAUGACAUCUUUGAAAGUAUAAAAGAACGAUUUAACAGAUUAUUCAAGAGCAAUCGCCUAAAUCUAACAGUGACACAAGUUCAAUUUCUUCAAUAUAAAUUACAAAAUAUGCGCUUAAAUAUAGGAAACCUACCCGCUGAUGUUACUUUUCAUAAAGUUGAAAAAUUUUAUGAAAAUCUACCAGCAUUGUAUAAGAAUAAUUACUACAAGAAUCACUUACUCUUGUUAAAACAUCGCUUUCUAAAGUCUCUACAUUAUGCGCCUAUACAGAGUCAUUUCAUUGUCAACGAUAAUCGCAUGGGUAGUACAUCGGGCGCAUUUUAUGUGAUCAAACAAAAUAUGAUUGUCUUACCAUUUGGCAGUCUAGCGUAUCCAUUAUUCGAUGCUAAAUAUAACGAUGACUACAAGUAUUCUAUUUUAGGUUUCAUAUUAGCGCAUGAGUUUACACAUGCCUUCGAUACUACCGGUCUAAAUUUCGAUGGCAUGGGUGAGUUAAUAAACGAAGAAAUUUCCGAUAUAUUGGAAAAUGAAAAUUUUCAAAAAUCCCUGGAUUGUUUGCAGUCACAACUACCCACCAAUAGUAUAGAUGAACGUAUGGCGGAUAUUGUUGGUAUAGAUGUUGUCUUUAAAAUCUUCAGUGAAAAGCAUCCAUUUGAGAUUCCUCUUAACCAGUUUCAAUAUUACUAUUUAAACUUAGCUCAGUUCUUUUGCGGCAAAAGUAAUAUUCAGUUUAUUGAUCAUGAUAGUGAUGCUCAGCGUUUGAAUCAGAUUUGUCAUGAAUUCUGAGGGAUCGCAUAUGCUUUCAAUGUCAUCGAAAAAGUAAAAUGAAUCCGAGGAAAAAGUGUCG